GCCGUUUGCCCCACCCCACCUCUUCAGCGCUAUCUAUCUCAAUGUACAAUUCUCCGAGAAAAAAAACGGGGGCAAAAAUAAUUCAGAGAAACACCGCGAACGGAGCAACUCUCACCCACCAGACCGGCUCAACGGAGCGGCCGCGGGCUAUCGGCGCCGAAAGCAACUGCCUGUCUCCGUUUGGAUGAAGUGAGUGAAAAAACCCACCGCGGUAUGUUCAUGUAUCAUGCACAUGUAACCAUUAUCUGCCGUACGGAUUCAAAGGGAAUACAAAAAGGCGAGAGACUUGACAGCGGACUGUGCUCCUGCUGCUGCUUGCGCCAAAACGGGGGACACAGCGGAGGAUUUCCACGAAUAUCGCCCGGAUAUUUGGUCGCGGAGACGGACAGCCAGCUGCCGAGAGCUGCCUGUGCUCGGUCGGAGAAGAUUCCCGAUGUGAGGAGAAACACAAAUUAACGCUACGGAGAGAAAAAGGACGGACUACGGGCCUUUUUCCUUUUCUAUUUUUUUUUUUUUGUUGUUGGUCAAACCCUCCUUAAAAAAGACAGACACCCGCAUCUAUUGACCGAAGACAGGACUGAAUUUUUGGCACAGGAUAUCACCAAUAAGGUUGCUGGGAACCUUCCUGAUUAAAAUAAAAUGUGAGAGAUUUUGGAAGAAGCCCCGGUGAAGCCUGAUGUUUCACAUGCCGUCAUUUUAAGAGGAAAUAUUUAUUUUUUAAAAUUCUCUCCCUCUCGUCUUCUAAUGUUCCUCUGUUUAUUUGAAACUGAAUUGCAGUCAGUUCGGUUAAUAAACCUAAAUAUAUAUUUUUAAACAAGAAUAAUUAAGAAAGAGAGACUGAAGAAAACAGAAGUCUGUUUGAAAUGGAUUGAAUGGCAGUGGGAGCUAUCCGCCGAAGAUGGGCUCCUGAGGGGACAUUUGCUGGGAAAAUAUAAAAAUAGUUGUAUCAUCACUGUAAAAAAUAUAACAAAAAAAAAAAAAGCAAAGGCCGGUGUUUGAGAUCCAUACGCCUUGAAGGAAUCUGGGGCGCAGAGAUUCAUUCAUGAGCAGCCAGAAAGCUGGAAAUUCCACAUCCACUCUCAUAUCAGUGUUGAUGACUUCAUUGCGGAUUUACAGUGAAAAACACGGGAAUCAAGUGUUUGAGAGGGCGGGAUCGUUUGCUCCACUUCUGAUCUCUCUCUGCUGAUGGUUUUCCAGUAAAAACCCACAUCCAUAAUAAAACGCCUCGGCGAAGUCUACUACCCGACAUCUGCUUCUGCUGGGGGAACAUAGAUGCCACCAAUUUUGAGCCAGGUGUUCCUCUGGUGGUUCAGAUCAAGAAUUUAUUAUUCUUAAAAGCAUCUAGCCAUUCACGCACCUUACAACCCUCUUUGAGCCCAUAACUGGAUUUUUUUUGUCUGUUUUUUUUUAUAUAUAUAUUGGGAAGAUGGGCUGUCUUGGGAAUAGUAAGACUGAAGACCAACGAAAUGAGGAGAAGGCUCAGAGGGAGGCGAACAAAAAGAUAGAGAGGCAGCUGCAAAAAGACAAACAGAUAUACCGGGCAACUCAUCGACUUCUUCUAUUAGGUGCCGGAGAAUCUGGGAAAAGUACAAUAGUCAAGCAGAUGCGAAUAUUGCACGUAAAUGGCUUCAAUGCAGAAGAGAAAAAACAGAAAAUUCAUGAUAUCAAAAACAACAUAAAAGAAGCUAUAGAGACCAUUGUGGCUGCCAUGAACACACUCACGCCUCCAUGCCAGUUAGCAUGUCCUGCAAACCAGUCCCGGGUCAAUUACGUCCUGAGCCUAAUAAACCAGAAGGACUUUGAUUUUCCCUCAGAGUUUUAUGACCACACAAAGACUCUCUGGUAUGAUGAAGGUGUGCGGGCAUGCUGGGAAAGAUCCAACGAAUAUCAGCUCAUCGACUGCGCCCAGUACUUCUUAGACAGGAUUGAUGUGGUGAGGCAGAACGACUACACCCCCACGGAUCAGGACCUAUUGAGAUGCAGAGUUCUGACGUCUGGGAUCUUUGAAACCAAGUUUCAAAUCGACAAAGUGAAUUUCCAUAUGUUUGACGUCGGAGGUCAGAGGGAUGAACGCCGAAAAUGGAUCCAGUGUUUUAAUGAUGUGACGGCCAUCAUCUUUGUGGUAGCAAGUAGCAGCUACAACAUGGUGAUCAGAGAAGACAAUCAUACCAACCGACUACAGGAAGCGCUAAAUCUGUUCAAGAACAUUUGGAACAACAGGUGGCUACGGACGAUUUCGGUAAUCCUCUUCCUGAACAAACAGGAUCUUCUAGCUGAGAAGGUUUUGGCGGGAAAAUCUAAAAUCGAGGAGUAUUUUGGAGAAUUUGCGCGUUACACUACGCCUGAUGAUGCAAUACCAGAACCAGGAGAGGAUCCCAGGGUGACCAGAGCAAAGUACUUCAUACGGGAUGAGUUUUUGGUUCGUGCAAAGAGGAUCAGCACAGCCAGUGGGGACGGACGGCAUUACUGUUACCCGCACUUCACCUGCGCCGUCGACACGGAAAACAUCCGGCGCGUCUUCAGUGACUGUCGGGACAUCAUACAGAGGAUGCACCUACGGCAGUACGAGCUCUUGUGAUGCGCAGCUUCGCCAGGCCCGCCCUACUUACCCAAUGACCACCCGCCUCACUCCGACCAGUUAGCCAAUCACUUCUUCACUAUUACCAAAUUCACCUAAACGACCGAUGAGCCUGACCUCUCCUUUCCUCCACCUGAUCCUCCUGGUAAUCCAACACAUAACCACGGAAAAGUGGGAAGACUCUUUACCAUCGACUGUCCGCCUCUCAUUUAUACGACCACCCUCUCACAGGUACACAUGCACUACAGAAUAAGACAUUCAGACCCUUGAAUAUUGCAUAAUCAUGACCCUCUCCAGCCUCUUGCUCUAAUAGUUAGCAGAGGGGGGAAUCUGCUCACAUGCAGGAGUUUAUUCACCGCGUGCUGAAGAGAACAGAUGGACUCAGAUGGUGGCAAGCUGAAACAGAGGAGUGGCUGUCACCUGUUUGAUUUUUUUUGUUUUGUUUUGUUUUAUUUUCUCCUGUGCCCGGCAUGGACAGACUAAUUGAUUAAUGGCUGCCUGCGGACGUGAGAGUGACUCUGAGAUGAAGCCACGCUGCUCUCAUGGACUGCUCAUCAAGAAACUAGUCGAGGAAACACAAGCAAACAAAAAAAUAUCAUACGAUGCAUAAGAAUCAUGCAUACCAAUGAACUUAAUGCAGUGCAAAAAAAAAUCCAAGCUAUAUAUAUAGAUAUUUAUAUAUGUGUGUAUAUAAAUAUGUAUAUAUAUAUAAAUACAUAUAAAUAUAAAUAUUAUAUAUUCCUGUAAUAACACAAUUCAAGUUUUAAGUUUUUGUUAGUUUUUACCCCAUGUUGUUUGUCGGUGUACACAGUGUGUGAGAUCUGCCUUUGUGCACCAUUUAACCCCCCCAUCCCACACACACGCACACACUCAUGCACCAACAUGUUACUCUACAUCUUUGUCCCUAUUUACCUCUGCUGCUAUUUGUCAACUAUUUAACGUGGAAAAUAAAGAACAGGUUUGACUUAUUGAGGAUAAACGGCAACAGAAAAUCAUGACGUUAAAGAUUUGCAGAGACUGGAUGCAACGUUUUAUAACUGGGCACACACACUCAUAUACACACACACAGAUGAUCCUCAUCGUCAGCUCCCUCCUUCCUCUCCCCUUGUCUUGUUCUGUCACCUCCUCUUCCUCCUCCCUGCCCGGCUCUAAGUGCGUCUGUCUUUUUAUUUACUGCUGGACUAUUAUUCUUGUACAGACUGUAAAAUGUAUUAUUUUGUACAACUUUAUUGAAGAAAA